AUGUCUCAAGGCUCAAGACUGCAGGGCAAAGUUGCCCUCAUCACCGGUGGAGGCUCUGGUUUCGGAGCUGCUAUUGCGAACAGAUACGCCCAAGAAAGCGCCAAAGUUAUCAUUACCGACAUCAACGUCGAAGGAGGAGAGAAAAUAGCUGCAUCGAGUCCCAAUAUCAUUUUCCAGAAAAUGGAUGUUACACAGAGAGAAGACUGGCAUACUGUUGCUAAUUUGGCAUUUUCUGAAUAUGGACGGCUGGAUGUUGUGGUGAACAAUGCUGGUACUUCCUACAGGAACAAGCCUACCGAGGAGGUGACGGAUGAUGAAUGGGAGAGAGUAUUCAGAGUCAACGUCAAGAGCAUAUACCUUUCUGGAGCAGUCAUUCUCCCGCGCAUAGCUGAGCAAGGAUCAGGCGGCUCAAUGAUCAACAUUUCGUCAACAGGUGCUAGUCGUCCUCGUCCAGGCCUGGUAUGGUACAAUGCAUCCAAGGCUGCAGUCACAAAUGCUACUAGGGGUCUUGCAGUAGAGUAUGGUCCCCAUAAUAUUCGUGUCAACAGCGUAGCGCCAUUACUUUCGGGUACUGGUCUAUUUUCCACGUUCACUGGUAUGGAAGACACACCAGAGAACCGAGAGAAGUUUACUGGGAAUGUUCCCCUGGGUCGUUUGACUGAGGCGGAUGAUGUUGCCAAUAUGUGUAUUUACCUUGCUAGUGAUGAGGGAAGCUUCAUUAAUGGCACAGAGAUGGUGGUGGAUGGAGGAAAGUGUGUUUGA